AUGACUUUCUUUUCUUCUAGUCACUCUCUUCUUCGUUUUCUACUGCUCUUCGUUCUCCUCCCGACAAAUAUCACUUCAUCACUCAAUUUCAAAACUGCUUGUGAAUUAUUGAGACUUCCACGUGAUUGCCAUUGUCAACGUACACGUGGUGUACCGAUCUCAUCAUUGAAUGAAACGCGUCUACGAUGCCGUCAAUUAUCUCGAAUAACAACGGAUUAUCAAUGGGCAAUCGUCCCGUACGAUCGUUUAGCAUUUGAAACACCCAACGACAAUUUAACUAUACAUAGAUUCGCAUUCGCUAAUAUUCGAGCUCGAACAGUACGUUUCAAUGUUCAAAAUCUUCUCAUCAAUGAUCAUGCUUUCACUAAUGCUUACAUCGGUCAAUUAGCUAUAUCACAUAUGGAUACGUAUGGUACAUUAAAUUUCCAAUUAAACGGCAAAGUUUUCUAUGGAACAACGAUUACGAAUAUAUACAUAAAACUGGUUGACUUUCAAAGUCCAAUCUCGGAAAUCAUCCUCUCGAACUCGAGAAUCUACACAUUUAUCAUUCAAGCCUCGAAAUUUCAUGGGUUUACCAAUCAAAGACUUCUUCUGGAUCAACACAACGAAACCAAUCUUCCCAAUGAACAUCAACCCGAUAAUUUUCUCGAAUACGAUUUCAUGUUAACUACUACUGGUAGUAGUUCAUCCUAUCAAACCAGCAGUCCACCAUCGCGCUCAUUAAAAAUCCAUCGGCAGAAGAAAGCGAAAACAUCUCGGCGGCUAAUCGAAUCCAGCGAUGAAAAUUCUUCUCAACUACCUGAGAAAACCGUCACCAUGGAUGUUACUGCAAACAAUUUGCCAGUCUACAUCACAAUCUAUACCAUCCUUUCCAGUAUUAACACCACGAAUUUAACCGAAUACUAUUUUCCAAAUAAUCUCGAUUACAGUCAAACCGAUCAAAUUGAAUUAAGUUAUAAUUCAAUCAAAUCAAUUAAUGCCUAUGCAUUUCGGCAUUUGCAGUACUUCGAAGGACGGUUAAUAUUAACAUAUAAUCGUAUUCAAUAUCUUUCAGCGUAUGCGUUUGCGAAUCUCUAUUCAUUAACUAAUUUAUCCUUAGCUAACAAUUCGAUCGAAAGUCUCACAUGGAAACAUUUUCAUCAUUUGAAUCAACUCCAUGAAUUAGAUUUAAGUUAUAAUCAAAUUGAGAAACUAACGAAUUACACGUUUCAAUAUUUAACUAAUCUUCAUACUUUACGUUUAAAUAACAAUCCACUGAAAUUCAUUGAAUCCAGUGCUUUUAAUAAUUUAACUCAGUUAAAACAAAUCUACUUACACAGCGUACAAUUGAUGAGAAAUCUCGAUCCGUUCAAUUCCUAUUGGCUGUGGAAUUUAGCUAAUUUACAUGUGAAUUAUCUGCUCAAAACUGAUUUUGAUUUGAGCGAUGUGGCUUUCUGUUUACUUUCACGUACGAAUCAAACAAUAUUUCACUCACCGCGGCAAUAUUCGUGUGCGUGUAAUGUUCAUUAUCUAUAUCACAAUCCCAACGAAGAUGAAAAUCCCGUCUAUUCGCCAACCAAGUAUCAUACGAAUUAUUUACGGUUAACACCGAGUUGCAUUUUCAACGAAACAUCCUCUUUCUAUGAACACUCUUCUCGUGAAAAUGACCUUCUGAACACCAAUGAUUUCAUCCUUCGUGGGCUAGAAGAUAAAUGUGACUACAAGCUAAUGUUUCUCGAUUGCGAUGCAAUGACAACGACCACGACAACGACAGUGACAACUGUAACAACCACGACGAUAACCGAAACUCCAACAACAACAACCACUGAAACGACAUCAACAACCGAAACAACCUCAUCAACAACAACUGAACGUCCAACAACAACUAUAACUACACCAUGGUACUACAAAUAUACAAAACCUCCAAAAACAUCUGCGAAUAACACCAAAAAGCUGUUUACUGUGCUGGGCACUUUGCUAGCUAUUACAGUAGCCGCGAUCAUACUUGUCAUUCUUUGGUAUCGUUUGAAAGCAGUAUUCAAACGGCGACAAAAGAAGAAGAAAAUCGUUGAACAACAAAAACAUUUCAAUUCACCCACGAUUCAUCAUCAACAGGUCACUGCGCCACGUUAUGCUUCAUCGGAAAUGCUAAGUAGUAUUCAUAGUGGUCAACUCAUAGGCAAUAAAAGUCAAUCACAAGCAUUGAUUACGCCAUCAUCACCUUCGGCAAUUGUUUAUAAGAAUAUCGAUGCUACGAUAGGAAAUGAACCUGGUCAAAACUUGAUCGAUGAUGAGAAUCAAUCACGUCAACAGCAGCAGGAACAGGAACAACCUGACUCGCCAGCUUUGACCAAUAACACAACUACAGAUAUACAGGCAACAACUGAGUGUUAA